GCUCCGUUAAACAAAUACAAAUACACACUCUCAGCUGCCAAUCACAAAUCAAUAAUACGUAGGUACGUUACGUGCAGGCAUUGUGUUGUGGUGGGCGAUGAUGGAGUUGCUCCCUGUGCCUCUGGGUGUGGGUUUCAUGGGCUACGUGCGGGCGGCGGCGCCGUUGGUGGCGGCGGCGGUGGCCUUCUACUUUUUGGUGGAGCAGCUGUCCUACCACCGCAACAAGGGCGUCCUGCCAGGCCCCUCCUUGGUGGUGCCCUUCCUCGGCAGCAUCGUGCCCAUGAUCCGCGACCCCACCGGCUUCUGGGAGGUACAAGCCGCGCGGGCGAGGGACUCCGGCGCCGGCCUGGCCGCCGACUUCCUCGUCGGCCGCUUCAUCCUCUUCGUCCGCGACUCGGAGCUGUCCCACCGCGUCUUCGCCAACGUCCGCCCCGACGCCUUCCACUUCGUCGGCCACCCCUUCGGCAAGAAGCUCUUCGGCGAGCACAACUUCAUCUACCUCUUCGGCGACGAGCACAAGGACCUGCGCCGCCGGAUGGCGCCCACCUUCACGCCGCGCGCCCUCUCCACCUACGCCGCCAUCCAGCAGCGGAUCGUCCUCGCCCACAUCCGCAGGCUGCUCGAUGAGACAUCUCCGGCCACGCCGGCGCCCAUACGGGUGGCCUGCCGCGACAUGAACCUCGAGACCUCGCAGACGGUGUUCGUAGGCCCGUACCUCACCCAGGAGGCGAGGGCGAGGUUCGGCGAGGACUACGCGGUCUUCAACGUGGGCGUCAUCGCCUUGCCGGUUGACCUGCCCGGCUUCGCGUUCCGGCGCGCGAGGCUGGCCGUGGGGCGGCUGGUGCGCACCCUCGCCGAGUGCGUGGGUCAGAGCAAGGCGCGGAUGCGCGCCGGCGGUGAGCCGGAGUGCCUCGUCGACUACUGGAUGCAGGGCCUGGUGAAGGAGAUGGACGAAGCCGCGGCGGCGGGGCGGCCGCUUCCCAAGCACACCGCGGACGAGGAUCUUGGGGGCUACCUGUUCGACUUCCUCUUCGCCGCCCAGGACGCGUCCACCUCCUCGCUCUGCUGGGCCGUGGCCGCCCUGGGGUCCCACCCUGACGUGGUGGCCCGCAUGCGCGCCGAGGUGUCCGCGGUCUGGUCGCCGGAGUCAGGGGAGCCCAUCACGCCGGACAAGUUCAUGCAGCUCAAGUACACCCACGCGGUGGCGCGCGAGGUGGUCCGGUACCGGCCACCGGCGACGUUGGUGCCGCACAUCGCCGCGGAGCCGUUCAAGCUGACGGAGUGGUACACGGUGCCCAAGGGCGCCAUCGUGUUCCCGUCGGUGUACGAGUCGUCGUUCCAGGGGUUCACGGAGGCGGAGGCGUUCGACCCGGACCGCUUCUUCUCGGAGGCGCGGCGGGAGGACGAGGCGUUCAAGCGCAACUUCCUGGCCUUCGGCGCCGGCGCGCACCAGUGCAUAGGCCAGCGCUACGCCCUCAACCACCUCGCCCUCUUCCUCGCGCUCUUCGUCUCCGUCGUCCACUUCAAGCGCCACACCACCCACGGCUGCGACGAGCCGGUCUACAUGCCCACCAUCGUGCCCAAGGACGACUGCACCGUCUACCUCCACCAGCGUUGCUCCUCCUUCUCCUUCUGAUCCAUCCAGCUGCUCCUUCCCUAUUCCUACCCCUGUGCAUGCGUGGGUGCCAAUAUGCAUCUGUGUCUAUCACCAGAACCGAUCCAUCGAGUGUGUUUUGUUUUCCUUGCAUUAAUUGUACCCACAUUAUCGAGUGCAAAAUAUAUUUUAUUGUGUGUGCCA